GUGAGAAGUCUAUAAAGUGGCUUUCAUCAUUGUUCGUCUCAGUGACCCAGAACAUUGUUUUACUGGAAAGUAUUGCCAAGAUGCUCUGUUUCACCCUCGUUAUGACUUGUAUUCUACGGUUGCCUUCCGAAGCCGACGAUAAGUCUGUUGAGGACGAAUUCUUACUGACGGAUGUCGCCGAUGGCGAAAGUAACGUAGAGAUUCCACCCGUGCCAAACCUGCCAGAAAAACUUGACAACUGCCACGAGACCGACGCAGAGCGGAAAGUACGACAGGCGAAAGAUAAGAAGUUGUUUACAAUAGCCCGCCAGACAGGGGUCCAGUUUCUGUACUUGGUUCUCCUGAUGAUUAUCUGUAGCAGCAACAGAGGGAGUAAUUUUUACCACCAAAACAAGGCGUUCAAGAAUGCAUUUGGACCACGGGGCGAAGCUUUCGUCAAUGGCCAUGCAGACUUUGGGUAUGUUUAUAACUGGCUGAAGACUGCAGCAAUACCCAUGUUGUAUACGGAUACAUAUUACAAUGGCAAGGCGAUGGACGCGCAUGAUCGUUUGUUUAUGAAUACCAUAGAUGGCCCUGCAAGACUGAGGCAGAAAAGGGUUAAGGAGGUCUUUUGUGUAUGGGAGAACAUCAUCAGGAAGUGUGUCUACGAGUAUGACCAGGGCGAAGCAGAAGAGGGUGACUUCCUAACAUACUGGAGACACCCAAUCCAACGCCCGGUCGCAAAGUCACCAUUCCUCCACACCCCUGCUCACAAAAACGACAUCACAUUCCCCGGAACAUUCUCAACCUACAACGGCGGGGGAUACGUAGCAGAAUUCGGCGACAGUUCAAAAACUGCCCAACUCAUCCUGGACCAGUUAAACGAAACGAACUGGCUGGACCGGCUAACCAGGGCAGUGUUUCUCGAAGCGACGAUCUACAACGCCAAUGUCAACUUGUUUUCAUGUUUGAGGAUAUCGUUUGAGAUGCCCGUCAUUGGUGGCAUAUAUAGCUCAAAGACUGUUGAAAGUUUCAGGCCAUACCCGUACCUGGACAAUUGGGACCUGGUUCUCCUCAUCCUGCAGAUAUUAUGGGUGCUGGUCCUCUUCUAUUUAGUGUAUGUGGAGGUUAACCUGGUGAGAGCCUUCGGAAGGCAAUACGUGCAAGACGCGUGGUCGUACGUUCAGGUCUUGAACAUACUGACGUCCUUUUCAUCAGCAAUCCUGUACGUCAUACGGGUUGCCUUCGUCAUCGGAGCGAUUGAAGACGUCAAGAACAACGUGGGAGAAUACGUCUCCUUCGACAAGAUGCUACAGAUUGAUGAAGCAUACACAUCAUCCUUAGCCAUCAUCUCAUUCAUCUGCAUCAUGCAAGUCCUCAAGCCACUCACACUGAACUAUUUCUUCGCACUGCUCAAAAAUAUCAUGAAAAGAUCCGCUCACACCAUACUUUCCGCCUUCAUUUUCUUGUUCUUUAUGUGGAUGGCUUUCGGGGCGAGCGCCUAUGUCGUUCUUGUCCACACCACUGCCGCAAGUUUCCGGACAUUACCGCGCUCGCUCUGGACUCUCGUUCGCCUGACCAUAGGAAUUAUAAAAUUCCCAGAGGCAAUGGGGGAAGAGACGACCGUCAAACGUGUUUUAUUCGUGUCAUUCAUGGUUGUAUGCUACAUCGUUCUUUUCAACCUGAUUGUGACGAUCUACUUGGAGAUGUACACAGCAAUACGAGAGUUGAAAACCUUGGAGGGGUUCGACUACGAGCUGAAUGAACACUUUUGGAAGCGGAUCUACAUGUUGCGUGAUGCCUUUUUGAAGAAAGAGGAAUCGUCAUGGUCUUGUGAAAGCAAUAAAAAUGGUAUCAGUAUGCUCGUACGCUCUAGUUGGUGGAUAUGGGAAUUUGAUGAUUUAUCUUGCGAAAGAGAUGAGGCGCAUUUGGCGCCUUGAGCGUGUGGUAUAGCACAAAAUGGCGCAGUAGAAAUAUCCAUUUUAUUCGUGUAGCUUUUCUGCGCUGGACCUGUACUGCAGUGAAAUGAAAAAUGACAAUAACUCUAUUUUCUGCGAUUGUGACAUUUUACCAAAUCAUCAAUCCAGAUGAACAUCAUUCCCGACAUCGUUUCUAAUGGUCUGUUAGAUAUGUUGGAUAAUACAAAAUUAUUUGAAAAUAGGUGUCCUUACACAAUAUCUCCAUCUCUGACUUGAAUUGAUGGAUAAAAUUAUCAUGAAAUUACGAUGAUUUUACUUCACACCAUAUACAAUAUUAUAUAAGGUGGUAAAAUUUAUAAUAACCCCGGUGUGACAGCGGAUAUAGUCCCCCUGGAGUCAUAGUCCGGUAGCAUUGUAUUUGAUCAAUUAAGCAGCAUGAUCCAUUGUACCGCUAACCCUAACCAAAACAUUUAGCAAUGCGGGCUAUUGUUACACGGACUAUCAGCCCUAGGACUACUAUCCCUUGCACACCUGUACAGUUAUAGCCCCUGUGUGCAAUAGCGUGUACUGCCAGCUGCUUUCUUCACUGUAGAGGCUACAAUUGCACCGGGGCUAUAACUGUACCACGACUUUACCCUUUCAAGGUUGUGAGACGUCAGGAUGGGUUGGGUCGGGGCAUGAGUGUAUUUCCCCGCAUAACUACAUCACAAUUUGUGUC